AUGUUCAAUCUUACCUUAAGACGCUUCUAUGCCGCUGGAGCAGCGUCAAUCAGGCUAGGAAGGCCGAGCAACAACCUGACCAGUGGAAUAGUCGGUCUCGCUAAUGUGGGGAAAUCUACUUUUUUCCAGGCCAUCACCAAUUCGACACUAGGUAACCCAGCUAACUAUCCUUUUGCAACGAUUGAGCCAGAACAAGCCAAAGUAAUAGUGCCGUCCAAGCGAUUGGACCAUCUACAAGAGCUGUACGAGAGUAAUAAGAAAGUUCCAGCGACCUUGACGAUAUACGACAUUGCUGGACUCACCAGAGGUGCUUCAAAGGGCGAUGGGUUGGGUAACAAGUUUUUGAACGACAUAAGGCAUGUUGAUGGCAUUUUCCAAGUUAUCAGAGGGUUUGAUCAAGAGGAAAUUACACAUAUUGAGGGCUCAGUGAACCCAACGAGGGACUUGAGUAUCGUCCAAGAUGAACUGGUGUUGAAGGACCUUGAGUUCCUGGAGGGAAUUCGGGAGAAGUUGAGCCGCAAGAUGACCAAAGCGGCUAAGAACUCUGUGGAAUUCAAGACCAUGGAUGCAGAAGUCCAGCUUUUGGAUGCACUCGAAGAGCACAUGUAUGAAGGCAAGAAAAUCGCACAUUUCCAGCAUACUUGGAGUCAAGAACAAGCCGAUAUCCUGAAUAAACACAAUUUUCUCACGGCAAAGCCUACCUUGGUGUUACUUAAUGUAAGUCCGAAAGACUAUUUGCUUCAGAGCAACAAAUAUACGCGAGACGUCGAGCAUUGGAUCGCGGAGAACUCGCCAGGUGAUAAAUUGCUACUUUUCAGCGCCGAGUUUGAGACUGUGCACAACCAAUUCUCAGCGGCAAACGACCAACAAGGGCUAGAAAACUAUUGCCAGUCCGCUGUUGCUGACUCAAGCGCUGAGGUGAGAACUCAGUCUUGUCUUCCAGAACUCAUUGUUGAAAUGAGAAAAAGUCUGGGCUUGAUAAGUUUCUUUACAUGCGGUCCAGCCGAGGCAAGGCAAUGGACUUUACGGGAGAGUAGCUUGGCUCCACAAGCUGCAGGCGUCAUACACACAGAUUUGGAGAAAACGUUCAUCUCGGCAAGCGUAACCAAAUAUUCAGACCUGCAGAACAUGGAGUCUCCCGUCAAGGAGGCUCAAUUGAAGGCCAUGGCUCUUGUGAAAAGAGGUGGCAAGCAAUAUGUUAUAGAAGAUGGAGAUAUCCUCCUGUUUAAAGCGGCAAAAGGUGACUCGAGGUAG